AUGGAUAAAGCAGCCGCAAGACAAAAGUUCAUUGGUGUCUUUGACCAAAUGGUUGAAGAAUUAAAAGAAAUCUUAAUCAGUUAUAAGAUGCCUCAAACUGCUAUUGAUUGGUUUGUUAGAAAUUUAGAUUAUAAUACUCCAGGAGGGAAAUUGAAUCGUGGAUUAUCGGUGGUUGAUACUUAUCUUAUCUUGAAUAAAAAGACCAUUGAAGAUUUAUCGGAAGCUGAAUAUAAAAAAGUUGCUAUUUUAGGAUGGGCUAUUGAAUUAUUACAAGCUUAUUUCUUAGUUGCUGAUGAUAUGAUGGAUCAAUCUAAGACUAGAAGAGGUCAAUCAUGUUGGUAUUUAGUGGAAGGAGUUGAUAAUAUUGCUAUUAAUGAUUCGUUCAUGUUAGAAGGUGCUAUUUAUAUUUUAUUAAAGAAACAUUUUAGACAAGAUUCAUAUUAUGUUGAUCUUUUAGAUUUAUUCCAUGAAGUUACUUUCCAAACUGAAUUAGGUCAAUUAUUAGAUUUAGUCACUGCUGAUGAAAACAUUGUUGAUUUAGAUAAAUUCUCGUUAGAAAAACAUUCAUUUAUUGUUAUUUUUAAAACUGCUUAUUAUUCAUUUUAUUUACCAGUUGCUUUAGCAAUGUUUAUGAGUGGAAUUAAUGAUGAAAAAGAUUUAAAACAAGUUAGAGAUGUUUUAAUCCCAUUAGGAGAAUAUUUCCAAAUUCAAGAUGAUUAUUUAGAUUGUUUUGGUACUCCUGAACAAAUUGGUAAAAUCGGUACUGAUAUUAAAGAUAAUAAAUGUUCAUGGGUUGUAAAUCAAGCUUUAUUAAAAGUUAAUAAAGAACAACGUCAAUUAUUAGAUGAUAAUUAUGGUAAAAAGGAUGAUGAAUCAGAAGCUAGAGUUAAGAAAUUAUUCCAUGAAUUAAAUAUUCAACAAACUUAUGAAGAAUAUGAAGAAUCAAUCGUGGCUAAAUUAAGAGAACAAAUCAGUACUAUUGAUGAAUCAAGAGGGUUAAAGAAGGAAGUAUUAACUGCUUUCUUAGCUAAAGUAUACAAGCGUUCAAAAUAG